AUUUGAAUAAAAAUAUCUGUGAAUGAUAUCUUGGACCCCUUGAUAUUUUCAAAUAGUUUUCACUUCUGCAACAGCGCUAGUGUUCCCCAUAAUUUUCUUCAGCUGUUAAGGUUUUGCCGAUAAGACCUAUUUUUUUCACCCUUGUCUAUUAUCAAAUUUCCAUUAAGAAAAAAUGGCUUCUGUCGGCACAACCAGAUCUGUUUUGAGGCUUCUCUCUUCACAGCCUAUUUUAAAACAAGCUGUUAGGGGCUAUGCGGAUGAGAUGGCAUUCACAUUCGCUGCAGCUAAUAAGGUUUUCUAUGCCAACUCCAAUGUGAAACAAGUUGAUGUUCCCUCUUUCAGUGGAGCUUUUGGUAUCCUCCCUAAACACGUUCCAACUCUUGCUGUUUUGAAACCUGGUGUUGUUACUGUUUUUGAACAAGAUGGCUCCUCUAAGAAAGUUUUUGUUUCAAGUGGAACGGUUACAAUAAAUGAGGACUCUUCAGUACAAGUAUUGGCAGAGGAAGCCCACCCUGUUGAAGACCUUGAUGCAUCCGCAGCUAGGGAGCAGCUCUCUAAAGCACAAGGGGACUUAUCGAAGGCCACCUCUGAGCAGGAAAAAGCCGAAGCACUCAUUGCUAUUGAAGUAGCUGAAGCCCUUGUAGCGGCUGCCUAAUUUAUUCAGUCGCAGCGACUGCUGAGUCAUUCCUCAAGCCCUAGUCGCCACAUUUUUGUAAUAUAUUCAAUAAUAAUGUAUAGGUUGUUAUAGAUAAUUAAAAUAAAUACUGGUUAUAACACUGUU